CUUCUUACUUGAUACUUUGUGCUUUGUCUUAGUUCUAGUUCUUUCUUUGUCGAAUUUGCAUGGUUACAGAAAUCUCCACUCACUCAACACGUUCGACACCCCCAAAACCAUGGAAUCCUUCCAUGAGGAGCCGUCGGCUUCGACAGCCCCAACCGAAUACGGCGACCACUCCGACGACGAAGCUCAACUAUCCGAGAAGAAAACACACCUAGGCAUCCCCGAGAUCAAUGUCCGCGAGGCCUCCAGCGCCGAAACCCUGGCCGUGCCCGAGUCCGGGAUCCGCGAAGCCCGCAGCGCCGAGACACUCGCCAGCCCCAACCACAACAACCACCCCCACAGCACCCCGCAACAACCGCGCAUCGAGACGGAAUGGAGCAUGGCCGACCGCGUCCGGGAGACCCAGCGCCGCGCCGAGGCGGCCGGCUACAAACGCCGCGAGCUGGGGGUGACGUGGCAGAACCUGACGGUGGAGGUGGUGGCGGCCGAGGCGGCCGUCAAGGAGAACCUGAUCACGCAGUACAACGUCCCACAACUCAUCAAAGACUUCAUGCGGAAGCCCCCGCUCAAGCCGAUCCUCCAGGACAGCCACGGCUGCGUCAAGCCCGGCGAGAUGCUGCUGGUUCUGGGCCGGCCGGGGUCCGGGUGCACCACGCUGCUCAAAAUGCUGUCCAACCGCCGCGAGGGGUACCGCUCCGUGUCCGGGGAUGUCUUCUUCGGCGACAUGGACCCCCAGCAGGCCGCGCCGUACCGCGGCCAGAUCGUCAUGAACACCGAGGAGGAGCUCUUCUACCCGCGCCUGACCGUCGGCCAGACCAUGGACUUCGCCACCAAGCUCAAGGUCCCCGCCAACCUGCCCGCCGACGAGAACUACGUCGCCGACACCAAGCAGUUCCUGAUGGAGGCCAUGAAGAUCGCCCACACCGAGGAUACCAAGGUGGGCAAUGAGUUCGUGCGCGGCGUGUCCGGGGGGGAGCGCAAGCGCGUGUCCAUCAUCGAGUGCAUGGCCACCAACGGCUCGGUCUUCACCUGGGAUAACAGCACACGCGGCCUCGAUGCCAGCACCGCCCUGGAGUGGGCCAAGGCUCUGCGCUCGAUGACCAACAUCCUGGGGCUCUCGACGGUGGUGACCCUGUAUCAGGCCGGAAACGGAAUCUACCACCUCUUCGACAAGGUGCUUGUGUUGGAUGAGGGCAAGCAGAUCUACUAUGGCCCGGCCGCGUCGGCGAAGCCGUUCAUGGAGGAGCUUGGGUUCGUGUAUUCGGACGGUGCCAAUAUCGGGGACUAUCUCACCGGUGUGACUGUUCCAACCGAGAGAAAAAUCCAGCCGGGCUUCGAGAACCGCUUCCCCCGCAACGCCGACGCCAUCCUUGCCGAGUACCGCCAGUCCCCCUUGUACCAGCAUAUGAUCCAGGAAUAUGACUAUCCCUCCUCGGACAUCGCCCGUCAGCGCACGCAAGACUUCAAGGAGUCCGUGGCUUGGGAGAAGUCCAAGCGCAUCCCCAAGAAGAGUGCGCUGACCACCGGCUUCGGCGACCAGCUCCUCGCCUGCACGAUCCGGCAAUACCAGAUCCUCUGGGGCGAAAAAUCGACCUUCCUGAUCAAACAGAUCCUGUCCGUCAUCAUGGCGUUGAUCGCCGGAUCGUGCUUCUACAACUCGCCGCAAACGACGGCCGGUCUGUUCACCAAAGGCGGCGCGGUCUUCUUCGCGCUGCUCUACAACUGCAUCGUCGCCAUGUCCGAGGUCACCGAGUCGUUCAAGGGCCGGCCCGUGCUCGUGAAGCACAAGUCCUUCGCCAUGUACCACCCGGCGGCCUUCUGCCUGGCGCAGAUCACGGCCGACCUGCCCGUGCUGCUGGUGCAAUGCAGUCUCUUCUCCGUGGUGCUCUACUGGAUGGUGGGGCUGAAGCACACGGCGGCGGCCUUCUUCACCUUCUGGGCGAUCCUGUUCACGACGACGCUCUGCGUGACGGCGCUGUUCCGCUGCAUCGGCGCCGCGUUCAGCACCUUCGAGGCCGCCUCGAAGAUCUCCGGCACCGCCGUCAAGGGCAUCGUCAUGUACGCGGGCUACAUGAUCCCCAAGCCGCACAUCAAGAACUGGUUCGUCGAGCUGUACUACACCAACCCGUUCGCCUACGCCUUCCAGGCGGCGCUGUCCAACGAGUUCCACGGCCAGAUCAUCCCCUGCGUGGGCAACAACCUGGUCCCCUCCGGCCCCGGCUAUGAGAACGUCGACCCGGCCCACAAGGCCUGCACCGGCGUGGGCGGCGCCGUCCGCGGCGCCGACUACGUGACCGGCGACCAGUACCUGGCCUCGCUGCACUACAAGCACUCGCAGCUGUGGCGCAACUACGGCAUCCUCUGGGCCUGGUGGGGGUUCUUCGCCGUGCUGACCAUCGUCUGCACCUGCUACUGGAACGCCGGGGCCGGGUCGGGCGCCGCGCUGCUCAUCCCGCGCGAGAAGCUGCAGGUGCAGCGGGCGCACCGCGACGAGGAGGGCCAGCGCGAGAAGGACCCGGCCCACGAGAAGGGGUCCGGCGAUGCGCUGGCCGCGGGGGACGACGACCACCUGAGCCGCAACACCUCGAUCUUCACCUGGCGCAACCUGACCUACACGGUGGACACGCCCACGGGCGCGCGCGUGCUGCUGGACAACAUCCACGGGUGGGUGAAGCCCGGCAUGCUGGGGGCGCUGAUGGGCUCGUCGGGCGCCGGCAAGACGACGCUGCUGGACGUGCUCGCGCAGCGCAAGACCGAGGGCACGAUCAAGGGGUCGAUCAUGGUGGACGGGCGCGAGCUGCCGGUCUCGUUCCAGCGCAUGGCCGGCUACUGCGAGCAGCUGGACGUGCACGAGCCGUACGCCACGGUGCGCGAGGCCCUGGAGUUCUCGGCCCUCCUGCGCCAGUCGCGCGACACCCCGCGGGCCGAGAAGCUCCAGUACGUCGAGACGAUCAUCGACCUGCUCGAGCUGCACGACCUGGCCGACACCCUCAUCGGGACCGUGGGCCACGGGCUGAGCGUGGAGCAGCGCAAGCGCGUGACCAUCGGCGUCGAGCUGGUCAGCAAGCCCAGCAUCCUGAUCUUCCUGGACGAGCCGACCUCCGGGCUGGACGGGCAGUCCGCGUACAACACGGUGCGGUUCCUGCGCAAGCUGGCCGACGUGGGCCAGGCCGUCCUCGUCACCAUCCACCAGCCCUCGGCGCAGCUCUUCGCGCAGUUCGACACCCUGCUCCUCCUCGCGCGCGGCGGCAAGACCGUGUACUUCGGCGACAUCGGCGACAACGGCGCCACGAUCAAGCACUACUUCGGGCAGCGCGGGGCCCCCUGCCCCGUGGACGCCAACCCGGCGGAAUUCAUGAUCGACGUGGUGACCGGCGGCAUCGCGGCCGUGCGCGACACGGACUGGCACCAGGUGUGGCUGGACUCGCCCGAGCACGGGCACAUGAUGCAGGAGCUGGACCGGCUGAUCGCGGACGCGGCGGCCAAGCCGCCGGGCACGCACGACGACGGCUACGAGUUCUCGAUGCCGCUGUGGGACCAGGUCAAGAUCGUGACGCACCGCAUGAACGUGGCGCUCUUCCGCAACACGAACUACGUCAACAACAAAUUCAGCCUGCACAUCAUCUCCGCCCUGCUGAACGGCUUCAGCUUCUGGCACAUCGGCCCCAGCGUCUCCGCCCUGAACCUGAAACUGUUCACCAUCUUCAACUUCGUCUUCGUCGCGCCCGGCGUGAUCAACCAGCUCCAACCCCUCUUCAUCCAGCGCCGCGACAUCUACGACGCCCGCGAGAAGAAGUCCAAGAUGUACAGCUGGGUCGCCUUCGUGACGGGGCUGAUCGUCUCCGAGUUCCCGUACCUCUGCGUCUGCGCCGUCCUCUACUUCGUCUGCUGGUACUACCAGACCCGCCUGCCCACCGACUCCUCGCGCGCCGGCGCCACCUUCUUCAUCAUGCUCAUCUACGAAUUCAUCUAUACGGGCAUCGGCCAGUUCGUGGCCGCCUACGCGCCCAACCCCACCUUCGCCGCGCUCGUCAACCCGCUCAUCAUCUCCUUCCUGGUGCUCAUGUGCGGCGUCUUCGUCCCCUACUCCCAGCUCAGCGUCUUCUGGCGCUACUGGAUGUACUACCUCAACCCCUUCAACUAUGUGACCAGUGGGAUGCUGGUGUUCGGCAUCUGGGGCGCCAAGGUGACCUGCAACGCGGACGAGUUCGCGGUCUUCGAUCCGGUGAACGGCACCUGUGCGGAGUACCUCCAGAGCUAUGUGGCGAAUAAGGGGUGGCGCGUGAACUUGGUGAAUCCCGAGGCUACAGCGGACUGUCGCGUGUGUGAGUACACGGAUGGCAGUGAUUUCUUGACGACGCUCAAUAUCAAUCAUUACUAUUAUGGGUGGCGCGAUGCGGGGAUUUGUGUGAUCUUUGCGGUGGCUGGGUAUGCGUUGGUGUUUGGGUUGAUGAAGUUGCGGACCAAGGCGUCGAAGAAGGCGGAGUAGGGGGAGUUCUGAGGGGUGAGCUGGGUUGUUGAGGAUCUUGCUACUGCUGCUGCUGAUGGGGCAGAGUCUGGGGACGGACGGUGGUUGUUUUCUCUAUGAGGAAUGUUUUCCAUAUUGGAAUGUGUAUAUAGCUUGUGCUGUGCUGUGCGCUACUUUGCCUUGCGUUGUCUCUUUGGGAGACUGUGUCAGCGUUCAUUUCUUGUCACUGGGCUUGUUUGAGAGUUCAUAGAUAGAUAUAGAUAUAGAUAUAGACUAGAGUAU